AUGCAGCUGUACCUGGUGGCUCCACUUAUCAUCCUCCCUCUUUACUUCACCAAAAAGUUUGUGACGGGGCUGCUGGUGGUGUUUGGCAUGUUCAGCUACAACAGGGUGGUGGUGCCCAUGCCCUACGAGGUGAUGACGCAAUUGGUGUAUGGCGGCGGGCACCGGCUUGCCUGGGGCGCGGUGCUGGCGUGGGUGGUGUUUGCGUGUCACAAUGGCUAUGGAGGUGUGGUGAACGGGUUCCUGUCUCACCCGGUGUGGCAGCCCAUCAGUCGCCUCACGUACACCACCUACCUGCUGGCACUGUCCCUGCAGAGCAUCAUCAUCUACAACACCAGCCAGGGUGGCGCAUACUACUUCACACACCUCAACACGCUCAUCUCCACGGUGGGGGCGGUGGUGGUGACGCUGCCGCUGGCCCUGCUGCUGUCCCUGCUGGCUGAGUCCCCCGUGGUGGGCCUGGAGCGAAUGCUGCUGAGGCCCAACCACAACUCACCGCGGCCUGCACCGCCCAGUGAAGGGAAGGCUACCCCACCACCCCCUGCCACCCUCGAUGGUGACAGUGCAGAGGUAGACAGCACCACAACCACCACCAAUGGAGUUAGCUUCUCUAAUCCUGUCUUCACUGUGGAGGAGGCAGCCAAGGAAACCUGA